AAGAUAAAAAUAGCGAGGCGGGUGUAGGGUGUUAGAUGAAAGGGGAAAGAAAAUGGCCGUGCGUAAUUAAGAAUCAGCCACGAUGUGUCAGAUAAAAAUAAAAAUAGCGAGGCGGGUGUCAGAUGAAAAAGGAAAAAAAAAGCUCCUCGUAAUUAAGAAUCAGCCACGAUGUGUCAGAUGAAGAUAAAAAUAGCGAGGCGGGUGUAGGGUGUUAGAUGAAAGGGGGAAAAAAAAUGGCCGUGCGUAAUUAAGAAUCAGCCACGAUGUGUCAGAUAAAAUUAAAGAGCAAAGUGUGAGUGAGGUGAUGAACUCGUUUGUAUAAAGACCAAGUGUAAUGCUGUAUUUGAUUCAACAUCAACCAACUAACUAUCCCUCUGCCAGUCUUUUUCGCCAUGAGCUCUUCUCAACAAUCAACAUAUGACAACAACAACCGCACCAAUUAUUGCUCGAUAUGCCGAUGUACCGUGCAGGGGAAUAGCGACCAACAUCGAAAAGUCUUUCAUCAAAAGAAUAUUACUUUGUCCUUGAGAAAUAAUGCAAAGCUUUGUAUUACAGUGAGCAGAACCCGUGAUGGCGAGCCAGGUCAAGUGGAGUGUCCACAAUGCAAGCGCAAUGUAGGGAUGGCCAACUGGAAACGUCAUUUCAACACCUGCCGACCACAUUUAGAUCCUGAAUCAGUUAGCCAUCUACGCGGUUACACGCCUCCUCAAAGUAGACAGCAGCUACAAGGCAGCCGGUCCAUCUCUCCUAGAUCGGUUGCGCGCCAACCACGUCCCAUCCAUCAGCGUGAGCGGACACCACCUUCCCAACCGUCACUAUCACCAUCACCCAUGCAAGUAGCAUCGAUUCAGCAGCACCAGCAAACGGAUCUAAUGGACAUCGAUGGGCCAGAACAAGAACAGGAGCCUGUACAUGAGCAUAGCACCUUGCUUGGCAGGUUGGGUUUGGUUAUCGAUGCCAAUAGCGGCUUACUUUUCUGCACCAACCAAAGCCACAACAACCGAUAUACCUUUAUCCAUGCUGCCAGCGCGUAUAGUCACAUCGAUUCGUCUCACCAUCUCCUAAGACCACACCUGCAAGGUUUUUCGGAAGAACAAUUCAUCAGCAUUGUGCAUGCCGCUGGUGCUAAAGGAGCUCAAAUCGAAAACAAGUAUCGCUAUGCGCCGCACAUUACGACCGAUCUGCUUCCACGCGUUAACGUGCUCGGUGAUCCUGAUCGCGGGUAUGGAUGCAGGAACUGUGGGUAUUACUGCAGGUCCAGAGCAACACGUCGAAGCCACAAUUGUAUCCAACCAACCACCGCGGCCUAUGAUGAACGCUUCAGGGUGUGCAUGGUACAGCGACUGGGCCAGCUUCAAGAAAUGCCCUACUUUGGUGUCACUUCUGACGAUAUCAACACUGAAAGCAGCAGCCGCCAGCUUGCAAGUGCCCCAGAUGCUCUUCGUGCCGCAUUGCAGCGUUGUGCCGAACAAAACAAGGAUAUCCUGAGCCACUACAGCCCACAGCGGCUUGAUCGCGAGCCCAACAUGGCUGAGCGCCGUGCAGUUGGCCGCUUCCACGAGGUAAUGCGAUGGGAGAUGACGGUGCGGCAACUUCUGAACACAGAAGACACUACUGCAACGCGUGCCCAACUUGCCAACUGGGCUUCUGCUGCUGAUAUGGAUGAUGAGGUGGGCCGCUCAAUCCAUGCCACAGUGACGAGGUAUAUGUAUGUCAUUAACAAGGCUACUAAAGGCUCGUCCUAUUAUCUUGAACGGCGCAUGGUGAUGGGCUUGAGUGUCGAUGAUGUGCCCACUCGUGGUAUCACUGAGCUGAUGCCGGCAACACAGCUCGAUUAUGAGCGCCACUAUGCGUCGUUCAUAAUGAUGCUAGUGCGGUCGUGUCGCUGUGGCCAAGAUGAUCCGUUUUCUGGUCGUGCGGCUGGUAUCAUGAGUCGUAACCAGUUCCAGUGCGUAUGUGCCCUUGUUGACUGUUUAGACGGUGUUGGUUUCCCUUCUCAAGCUGAACUCAUACCCAACGAUGCCCUGCACCUCCUCCAGCAGGUUAAUGAAUCCGUACUUAUGUCCAACGAGUGUGGCAAACUGGGAAUAUGGCCCGCACGUGUUUUCAUGGUCGUCUCUAAUAUCACAGCCGCAGGAUCUUGGCGCGACCUGACGAAAACAACAUCAAAUAUUGCCAAGCUGCAAUAUUUUGUGCGCUUGACAGGGUUGGUUAAAAUCCUUCUUGCAGAGAACGUUGACGUCUUGUCAACACAAGAGCACUAGUAACAGCAGCAGUAUUUAAAAGUCGGAUUUAUUAAAUAAAAAUAUUAGGUGU